AUGGACAUCACCUUGUCCGACGGCCAGCCCGGCCCUUCGUCGCCAGCGCAGCCUCUCCUCGCUGGCCCAUCCGCCUCUCCUCCCGACCACACCGGCGACGGCACCAGCUCGCGCGUCAAGCGUCGCCGGACCCGCAACGGGUGCCUGCCCUGCCGCAAACGCAAGAAGCUCUGUGACGAGGAGAAGCCGACCUGUGGGGCGUGCGAGCGUCUCGUGUUGACGUGCGAGUGGGAGGACAAGAUGCAGGCCGCGCUCGAACGGCGUCGCAGGCGCAUCGAGCGCGCGCAGGAGCGCGAGCGGGAGCGAGAGGCGGCGGCUGGGCGUGCCCAAGGCCCGCUCAGCGUGUCCGACGGGCUUCAGGACGGUGGGACGGUGGGACAGGAGGGCUGGCCGCAGACGAGCGAGGGCGUGCUCCUGUGGCCGCCGGGGUCGGAGGGCUUUGCGACGCCGCUCCCAGCGGUCGAACCUGUCCCGGGCUACGACCCCGCCGACCCCGGCUUGACGCCGCUCCCGUCCGCCUCGCUCGCCCUUCCCCUCCCCUUCCCCGCCGCGCCUCAUGCCGCACCCUCGCCAUGGUCGAGCAUGCUCGGCCCGGGCUACGCCGCUCUGGGCGGUAGCGUCACCGACGGGCCGCUCGUUUGGCCGACAUCCUUCCCGACGUCGACCGAGCCGUUCCUCCACCAGCCGAGCCUCCCUCUUCCGCCCGACCUCGCCGGCAUGUCCCUCGACCUCGCCACCCAGAGCACAUCGACAAGCCCACCCUUCGACCUCUUCUCUCUCCUCCGCUCGCCCUCGCCGUCCGUCAACCCGUUCGCCUCGACCUCGACCGCCGCGACGCUCGACGGGCUCAACCUCCCGUUCAGCCUGUCCGACCCGUCGACCCAGCUCGCCGCCUCGCACGCCGCCGUCGGCGACCUUCCUCUGGUCCCCAACAGCGGGCGAGAGCAGGCUCUCGCUCGUUCGCCAGAUCGGCGAGUCGGCCAGCAGCCUCUCCCGCUCGUCAGCCAGGCGGCGUCGCUCCUCGCGUCGUCCGACUUUGCCUUCACGCAGUCCUACCUCCUGUCGCACUACACGACCUCGCUCGCCCGCCUCGUCUCGAUCGCGUCCUCCUCCUCCACCAACCCCUCGCCGUCGACCACCUCGCCAUCUUCAGCAUCUCGCUCUCGACCUCGACCGAGUACAUCGCCGACGAGCGGGCAGAAGACGACCUCGUCCUCGUCGACUCGUGCAUCCGCCAACCUCUUCCUUUCGCUCGUCCCCCUCGCCAAGCGGCACCCUUACCUCCUCCAUGCCAUCUGCGCCUGGAGCGCCGCCAACCUCGCCGCCGCCUCCUCGGCGUCGCGGUCCGACUCGGCCGCACCGUCGUCGUCGAGCGAGGGCGACAACCCGGUCAUGGCGCGCCUGAGCGAGCAGCUCGGCAUCCUCGCCGAUUCGGGCCUCAACGAGGCGCUGCCCGCCCUCGAGGCGCACGCGUCAACUCGCGGCGACGGCGCCGGCGCCGAUUCCGGCAACGACGAGCCGCCGUGGGAGGCCAUGCUCGCGGCGCGCCUCAUGCAGGUCCAGGCCGCCAUCUGCAGCGGCAGCGUCGAGCUGUGGCGGGUGCGCAUGCGCGACGCCGCCAAGGUCGUCGAGCUCGCCGGCGGCGUUCGGGCGUGCUGCACGCCGCUCUCGCGGCAACUGCUCAAGAACCUCCUGUACCACGACGUCCUGUCGUCGUCGUCGACGAGGGAGGGUCUCCUCGUCGACUACGCGAGCCUCGUCAAGCCCUCGAGCUCGACGAUGGGCGCAUCGGGCGACGGCGAGACGGCGGCGGACGAGGAGCAGGCGCGGCGGGACGACGAGGACGACGAGGAGGAGGCGCUCGACACGCUCAUGGGCGUCAGCGAGCCCGUCUUCCACCUCCUCGGCGCGAUCACGCACCUGGCCAAGGAGAAGCGGCAGGCGAGCUGUCGAGAUGGCGCCGCGCUCGCCGAGGACGAGCUCGAGGCGUUCCUGAGCCGGGUCGACGCGAUCAAGAGCGAGCUCGAGCGCGAGAAGGAGCGCAUGGACGGCUUCCUCCUCGGACGACCCGACCUCGAGCCGCACCGCUACUUCCACGAGACCUUUCGCCUGGCCGCCCUCCUCUACUGCGAGAUGAUCCUCGAGCAGCCGCCUCGAGCUCUGCCCGUCCUGCUCCUCGUCCGCAAGAUGCUCAACCUGACGGAGCUCAUCGUCGAGGAAUCGCUCCCGGGCCUGCCCUCGAUGCACUAUCCCCUCUUCCUUAUGCACCUCAACUCGACCCCUCUUCGCUCGCCACGCGCCGCCUCGACCGACCGCGAGCGCUCGACGCGCAUGUUCGACGUCCACCAGGAGCAGCUCGGGUACUUCGGCAACACGAAGCGCAGCCGGACGCUCCUCGACGAGGCGUGGCGGCGCUCGCUCGACGGCCGGGUCUUUGUCGACCACGACUCGAUCCUGGCCGAGUGGGGCUGGGAGCUCAACUUUGCGUAGAUGCCUUGCUAGCUGCUGCAGAAUACACUCUCUCUGCCUC